AUGCUUGCAAGAGGUCGGGCAUCAGUUGGAGCUUGUAGGGGCCUGACUGGCUACUCCUGGUCUGUUGGGAGAGUCUGCAGCGGGAGCCUCAAGGCAAGGUGCUUUCGAGCCACCGAAUUGCAACGCUGGCUGGAGCAAGGUGGCGUUGACACCGCUGUUUAUGGGACGGGCAUGGCAAAGACUGUACACGAACUUUUCGACGAGGUGACGAAGCAGGAAAGUGUGUUGGAGCUGGAAGGCGGCAAGGCGCUGCGAAUUGUCAAUGUGCUGUCAUUGCACAUCCUCAACAGCCGAGGACAGAUAUUGUUCGAGGACGAGCAGGUUCUUCCGGACGGUCGCUCCCGCCGCCGCAAUGUGCCUGUGAGUGAGAAGAUGGUGGGUGAUGAGUCCUGGCUGGCGGCGCUGCACCGGGCGGUGAGGGAGGAGCUCAGCAGCGCACUGCCCGAGGAUUACAAGGUGACGUUGCUGGAUGAUUCGUACUUCCUGCGGACCGAGUACUCGAGCUCCAUGAGCUACCCGGGACUACUGACAAAGUACAUUUUCCACCGGGUCCGCGCGCGUGUGUCCGGUAUCCCGGAGAGCCCCUUCAGCACCGUGGAGCCAAAUGAAGGGGGUGAAAGUGCUUCCCAUUAG